CAUCUGCAGCCGCUGGGAGUAACCCCGGGCUCGCGUGUCAGCUGACUUGGAAUAUUCAGACAUUGGAUUCGAAUUUAGAAUUAGAACGCGGUGCUGUCCGGCCCCUACAAUGUUACAUUUGGCCGGUGCUGGCUCUUGACCGAGUGCAAGCCUUCGCAAUGCUGCUGAGGAGAGUUCUUCGCCCGUCCCAGACUCUCUUGUGCAGCGUCGGCUUUGGGAGUAAAACUGAAAGGAGUGGAUUCCUCCCUCGUGUUUCACCGCUCGCUCGCCCGACCACCGCGGAACCGGCUCUUUGCCGACAGGGAUAUGGCACACACUCGUCUAAGGAACCACUGGAGCCGCUGUCCACGGCGCAUGGAGCCCGCGACUUUGUGUACAGCCUGCACUCCAAGGAGAGGAAAAGUCUGCUUGAGGAGCUCCAGAAAUUCGAGUCCAUUUCUGCGGAACAAGCAGUCCCCAGACAUCGCUAUCCCGGAGCCCAGAUUGCCAUAAGCAGGAAGUGGCGGGAGCAGGCAACUGCAGGGGAAAUGCAAAUCAGCCCUCCAUCGUCGGCACAACAAAGAUACGUGUUUCUUCACAGUGCAAUUCCUUUUAUUGGAUUUGGCUUCCUGGACAAUGCCAUAAUGAUUGUCGCUGGGACACAAAUAGAAUUGUCCAUUGGAGUAAUUUUCGGAAUUUCUACUAUGGGAGCUGCUGCACUGGGUAAUCUUGUGUCAGAUGUAGCUGGCCUGGGACUUGCUGCAUAUGUGGAGGCUCUUGCAUCAAGGCUAGGACUACCAAGUCCUAAUCUAAACCCCAAACAGGCCGACAUGUGGCAGACUCGACUGAGCUCGCAGCUGGGAAAAGUUAUAGGUGUAACCAUUGGUUGCAUCCUCGGAAUGUUUCCACUACUGUUCUUCAAAACUGAGGAAGAGGAAAUGCAACAAGAACCCAAGAACUGAACCAGUUUACUGAUCAUUGAAUCUAUUGCUUGCAUCCAGAAGUAAUUCUGGAAAAAGAACAAUCUUUCAUUGAACACCAUGUCAUUCCAGACUAGGAAUGCGGUGGAAUAUUAACUUUAACAUUAACAAAACAAGUUUCACUACUACAAUCAUAAACUAUAUCCAUUAAUUCAUUAUCUGCAUUCUUUUUAAAAGCAAGUGGAGUCACUAAAUGUACAGUCAUGUGGUCUUUAAAAUCAGAUUCACUGCAUGUCAGACUGCGGUGUUUAAUUAUCUGCAAUACUUUGAAACAAUGUUGUCAAGUAGUUAAUGUUAAACGUUUUUAUCGAAGAAUCUAAAUGUAUUGUUAAAUUAUGUAAAUGUCAUAACUGAUGUAUUCAUUUAAAAAAAGAUUAUUUACAUUUGAUAUGCUGCAAUAUUUAAGUCUUAUGUAUCGGUCUGCCUUCCGCAAAGACCGCUCCCUCCGCAACUCCCUUGUCAAUUCUUCCCUUCCCUCCCGUACCACCCCCUCCCCGGGCACUUUCCGUUACAACCGCAAGAAAUGCAACACCUGUCCCUUCACCUCCCCCCUCGACUCCA